UUGUGGAAUAUCUGCUCAAAAAGGUUUGUGAAAACUACAAGCUGUCAGCAACAACAGGAAGAUUUCAACUGCUAAAACUACCAGUCUGCAGCGUGCUCUCACUUGGUCGAACUUAAACUCAUUCAGACACAAUAAUGCUCACUUCCCACUUGUUCAAGGUGUUGGUGGUUUGUGUUCUUUUCCUUCUUAUUGUUUGCAAAGCAAGGAACAUUUCAGGAUCAGCUUAUGACAUUUGUCACCCUGGAAGGAUCCGUUGGAAUAACACGUGUUACUUCUUUGCAAAUAAUUCUGCCUCAAACCGUGUCGCGUGGCAAGAUGCUCGACAGACAUGUCAGAGAAUCCGAGGAGGAGACCUUGUCAGCAUUCACAGUGCAGCAGAGAACAACUUUAUUGCACUUCAUAUCUCAGAUAACUACUGGAUUGGACUUAAUGACCUCAGAACAGAAGGAAACUUGCAAUGGUCCGACGGGUCGUCAUUAGUUUACAGUAACUACCAGUUCGGAGAACCAAAUGAUCACUAUGGCCAAGAAGACUGUAUGGAAAUGAGAGGUGAAGGUCAAUGGAACGACCUUAAUUGUGGUAGAAAUCUGGGCUACGUCUGUAAGCAGACUAAGAAUCCAUCUGCGAUCCCUCAGGCCCUUGUUCCAACCCUCGGACAAUGUGAGGAUGGCUGGGUGAAGUUUGAAAAGAGCUGUUACCGUAGCGUGUCAGAUCCUCCUCUUUCUUGGCGGACCGCAAGGGAUGUUUGUCGAAAAAGAAAGAACGCCAGUAUGCACGGAGACCUUGUUACAGUGAACAAUCAGCAAGAGCAGGAGUUUUCGAAUACUAUCCUUCGGAAAACCAGCACUGACUUUUGGAUUGGCCUUAAUGACUUGAUAACUGAAGGCAGGUUUGUCUGGACAGACAACAGUCCACGCAGAUACACCAACUGGAAUGGCAGUGCACUUUCAAAACACGACCAGCAGUCCCUGGAUUGCGUACAUAUGAAUCCUCAUAAAGAUGAAGGAAGAUGGAGGACUGCGUCAUGCGAUCAGAAGAAAGGGUUCAUCUGUGAGACAGAGGCUCAUCCAAUUCUUCCAACUUCUGGCCAACUGCUCGGUGUCUCGAUGUUUCUAGACGCCCUUUUUGUUGUGUUGUGGUUUCAUACCAAAGCCGCCUUUUGAUUUAGGUAAGUGGACUGGGAGUAAUAUGAUGUUCAGAAUAGCAGAGGGUUUGGGAGAAACAAGUUUUUCUGCACGAAUUUUAUUUCAGGAGGGCUCUAUCUAAGACACACGAUCCAAAGGUUUGACCCUAAAUCAUAACAUCUUCAUAUUGAUUAGGUAACUAUUUCU